GUUACAAUUUAAAUUGUCUUGUUUUCUUUGAAAUUUAGUGUCCAAAUCAAUAAUAUUAAUCGUUAAUCAUGAAUUUUAGAUGUUUAAUUGUUAUCACUUUAAUCACAAUUAGUUGUGUUAUCAAACAAUCAUCUGCUGGUCAUAAAGGUUCCAAUAUCCUCGUUAGUGGUGGUCAUGGUGGUUGGGGCGGUUGGGGUGGAUGGGACAGUGGAAGUGUCUUGAUUUCCGGGGGUAAGAAAGGUUCAUCCAUUUUAUCUGGACAUGGUGGUACUGUUAUCAUGGGAGGACACAAAGGUAAAGGUUCAAAUAUCAUCCUAAGUGAUGGUGGUUGGGGUGGAUCAACCAUUAUCUCCGGUGGUAACAUUAUCUCAAGCUAAUGAUUCUGGUGGUGAUAAUAUUGAUACUGAUUUUGAUUAAAUGGCGGAUUAUGGGAAACUGUUGAAGCGGAUUGAGUUGAAGAUACACUUAAAUUUUGUGAUGAUGGUAACGAUGAUGGUGAUACGAUCGGAUUAACACUUGAUUGUGAUGUGGAAUAAUUUGCUUCAGGAUAUCGGUAUUUUUUUACAUUGGAAAUACGAUUUGUUUGAUUGUUAACAGUUGAUUUAUUCAUCAUUUCCUCCAUUGAUGGUGGAUCAUUCCAGGCUUUGGCAGUUCUCCGAGCUUCAUCCAUUUUAAUUGAUCUACAGUAAAAUAAGAAACAAUUGAUAAAACAUGUAAAUAUAACUUAUUAUUUUCUCAAAUUGUUACAAUUUAAAUAAACAAAAUAAGAAUAAUACAA